AUGACUUCCAAAGACGAGGCCAAGUCCGGCUCGGUGGAGGAGCGGCGGCGCAGCCCGCUGGACCACCUGCCGCCGCCCGCCAACUCCAACAAGCCGCUGACCCCCUUCAGCAUCGAGGACAUCCUCAACAAGCCGUCGGUGCGGCGGAGCUACACGCUGUGCGGGGCCGCGCACCUCCUCUCGGCCGCCGACAAGCACCCGCCGGCCGGCCUGCCCCUCUCCAGCCGCGCGCUGCUCUCGCAGACCUCGCCGCUCUGCGCCCUCGAGGAGCUGGCCAGCAAGACCUUCAAGGGCCUGGAAGUCAGCGUGCUGCAGGCGGCCGAAGGUAAGCGCCGGCCCGGCCCGGCCCGGCCCGGCCCGGCCCGGCCCGCGGGCGUCAUCACCUGGUUCCAGAACCGCCGCGCCAAGCUCAAGCGCGACCUGGAGGAGAUGAAGGCGGACGUGGAGUCCGCCAAGAAGCUGGGCUCGGGCGCCCAGCUGGACAUCGUGAACCUGGCCGAGCUGGAGCAGGGCGCCGAGGCCCGGGGCAAGUCGCGGUCGCUGUCGCCGGCGCUGCCCGCGCACGGACUGGAGCCCGCCGGGCGCCUCCAGCUCUCGCCCGCCUCCCCCCUCACAGACCAGCCCAACAGCAGCAAGGACUGCUCGGAGGACGAGGAGGACGUGGAGAUUGACGUGGAUGACUGA